UGCACUGCCCCCACAAGCCACAGAUAGAAUCAAGUGAUAGAGCCCCAAAGAAGAAGUGUGGCCGAGCAGAUAAAGUGUUAUAGGAUGCCAGCGUACGCCACCAACAUGAGGCUCAAAUUCCCAAUCGUGGCCCUGAUACUGGAAGCGGUGACCAUAGUCCUGUACGCUCUGUUUGUGGAGUAUGACACCGGUGAUGCCCAUGGACACGGAGAUGGCCAUCAUGCGGAAGGGAAUACAACUCAUCCUGAAAAUCCAAUGACGCUCUACCCUAUGUUUCAGGAUGUACACGUGAUGAUCUUCAUUGGCUUUGGUUUCUUGAUGACCUUUCUGAAGAGAUAUGGUUUCACCAGUGUGGGCAUCAACCUGCUGCUGGCCGCCUUCGGUCUGCAGUGGGGUCUUCUACUCCAGAACGUCUGGCACAUGCAUGAUGGAAAAAUAAAAGUCUCAAUCGAUCGCAUGAUAAAUGCUGACUUCAGCACAGCAACCGUUCUGAUCUCAUUUGGAGCCAUUCUGGGGAAAACCAGCCCUGUCCAGCUUCUCAUCAUGACCCUGCUGGAGAUCACCAUCUUCUGCCUCAAUGAGCAUCUGGUUGUGGAAGUCAUUGGGGCGUCCGAUGUUGGCGCCUCCAUGACCAUUCAUGCGUUUGGUGCUUACUUUGGUUUGGCUGUCGCCCGUGUGCUUUAUCGCCCAGGUCUUCGUGAUGGUCAUGAUAAUAAUGGAUCGGUCUACCACUCAGACUUGUUUGCAAUGAUCGGCACGGUGUUCCUGUGGAUGUUCUGGCCAAGCUUCAAUUCUGCUAUCGCUGACCCCGGCGACGCUCAAAUCACAGCUGUUAUCAACACCUAUUUCUCUCUGGCCGCCUGCGCUCUCGCCGCUUACGCAACUUCCAGUCUGGUUGAGAAGAAGGGCAAACUCGACAUGGUCCAUAUUCAGAAUGCCACCCUGGCAGGGGGUGUUGCCGUGGGAACCUGCGCAGACAUGAACAUCCAGCCAUUCGGAGCCAUGCUGAUCGGAGUCGUGGCAGGCAUUAUCUCAACCCUCGGCUUCAAGUUCCUCACUCCUAUUCUCGCCUCCAAACUGGGAAUCCAAGACACCUGUGGCGUGCAUAACCUGCACGGCAUGCCAGGCAUCCUGGGCGGACUCGCUGGCAUCGUGGCGGCAGCACUUCAAAGGAAGGAGGGAGUUUCAGCAGCUCAUCAGGCAGCUGGUUUAGCAUCAUCUCUAGGCUUUGCUUUGGUGGGCGGACUAAUCACAGGUCUGAUCAUGAAGAUUCCAUUUUGGGGACAACCACCCGACCAAAACUGCUUUGAUGACUCCAUCUACUGGGAGGUUCCUGAGGAAGAAGAGGAGAACGAAGAGCACUUGGCUCAUGCCGAAUAUUCCAAGAACAAAACCGAAGCUUAGGCUUCAAACCAGACCAUUGUGCACCUCAGGGCUUCUCAACCAUCAGCAUUUACACCACUUAUGGCUGGAAUACACUACAACACUUUUAAAAUCUGAACAGAUUUAUUUUUAAACUAGACAUCAUACACCUGCAGACUUUUUGAAAGUUUUAGAUAGAAACACCAACUGUUCAAAUUUGCAGCUGGCAAACACUUUCUGCAACAAGUUCAGACUGAACAUCUCAGCAAAAUCUGAGCAAAGUUCUUGUAGUGUAUCUUAGCCUUUAGAGAAAUCUUUAACACAGUGAUAUAUGGGCAGAUGUCCAGUUCUAUUAAAUUCGUUUUUUUUUCUAAAUGCAAAUUGUUGAUAGGAUAGCUCACAUAUGGUCCACAAAAGUUUCGAAAACCUUACAACAUAAUAAUAAAAUGUAAACUGGUAUUAUUACAGAAAAAAUAUUUACAAUUAAUUAUAAGUAAAACUCCAUAAAAAACAUAUUAAAUGUGAUGUUAUGGAGCACAUGAACAUGAUCUUGUAAAGACGAUCAAAAAAGUCACUCACUCUAUAGUGCCAAAAAUCUGAGCCAACUUGAGAAUUCUUGCCGAGUUGUUCUUAUCUAAGUAGCUUUUUUACAGACACAAUUUUUGUCAUCACUGUUUGUAUUUUUACCUUUGUUUAUAUUAAGCUUUUGUUAACAAAAGGAAUGUUUGUGCAAAUUCACAUUUAAAUCCAACCACAUCUAACCAUUGCAACAAUUAUAGAUGCUUGUUUUUGUGAUCAGUAAAAACCCUAUAAUGUAUAGUAAAUGAAGCUUUUCUACAAUUGUAUACUGAAAGACCAUCAAACUUAAAUGUAAACUUUUAUAUUUCUACACAUUUUCACAUUUUCACAAUUGAUAAUACUUUAAUAUUAUAUAAUAAUUCAUGCAAAUACAUUUGUGAAAUCUGUCAGGAUUCCUGUAUGAAGAUGUCUUUCAUUUCAUUGCUUGAAGUCACAGCAGAAGUAUAGGCAGACGUGAUUGGUUAGUCACCACUUGCAUGUGAUGAGACUUUGGAAUGUUAUGUUUUUCUAACGAUUAAGAAAACAUUCAUAUAAAUCCAUUGAUCUCACUGCAAGCUGACUUUUACUGAUUUAACUUUUGUAAUGUGUGUGUGCUCUCAUUUGCUUCACGUCUAAAUCUCACUUGAAUGUAUUUGAAAGGUCUGUGAAUGGAAUAAACCUUUACUGUCAUUUAUAUGA